AUGUCAACUCCCGGUCUUCCAAUGUCAUCUCCUCCUCCGGAAAACCCCCGGAAGCGCCAUUUGGACGAUAGUGAAGAUGAGGACAUGGACAACGGUGUCCCUUCAAGUCCUCCCGCUUCUACGCCUGGUUGGGUCCGCUCUUCACCACCAUUGAUAGACGAUGAAAUCGACGAGACUGGCGGUAUUCAGGAUUUGGAGGAUAUAGAAGAGGAACUUGAUGGAGAGGAUAUCAUGGUGAAUAUGGAAAAGGAUUACACUCAGAAUCUCGUUCUUGACCAGUAUGAACCCGAUAAUAUCGACGACGAAGAAUACGAGGAGAUGGACAUUGGCACCCGUCGCGCUCUUAGUCGGAAAAUGGACAUUCGGGAUAUUAUUAGUCGCCGCAAACCAGCAAUUUUCAUGAGCGAUGACGAUGAAGACGACCAACAAGACUUAUUCCAACAACAGCAACGUACGAGACGAGGAACCCAUGUCUAUGACGAAGACAGGGAUGACGACGAUAUGGACAAUUUAAUGGGCGAGGCGCUAUCCCUAGAGCAACUUGGAGACAUCAAAGCUGCCAGUAUCGCUGAUUGGCUUUCUGUUCCAAACGUAUACCGUAGCGUUGCCAUCCAUUUUAAAAACUUUCUCCUCGAGUAUACCGACGGAAAUCUUGCUUCUGUGUACAGUGCUCGUUUCCGAACGCUCGGAGAAGUGAACGCCGAAUCUCUCGAAAUUUCAUUUCAGCAUUUGGCCGAGCACAGAGCAACUCUCGCCCUCUUUCUUGCAAAUGCUCCGACAGAGACAUUGAAGAUUUUUGAUCAGGUUGCCAUGGAAACAACCCUUCUUCACUAUCAAGAUUAUCAGCGUAUUCAUUCCGAGAUUCAUGUUCGUAUUGCUGAUGUCCCAACAUCAUAUACACUCCGUGAACUACGGCAAUCUCAUCUCAAUGCUCUUGUCCGCGUCCGCGGUGUAGUGACCAGAAGGACUGGUGUGUUCCCGCAGUUGAAGUAUGUCAAGUUCGACUGCAGUAAGUGUGGUACAACUCUUGGGCCUUUUCCACAGGACUCAAAUGUUGAAGUCAAGAUCUCGUACUGCCAGAACUGUCAAUCGCGCGGACCGUUCACUUUAAACUCUGAAAAGACUGUUUAUAGGAAUUAUCAGAAGAUGACUUUACAAGAAUCACCCGGUACAGUCCCUGCAGGAAGACUUCCUCGACACAGAGAAGUCAUCUUACUAUGGGACCUGAUUGAUUCUGCCAAGCCCGGUGAAGAGGUGGAGGUCACAGGUAUCUACAGGAAUAAUUACGAUGUUCAACUCAACCAAAAGAAUGGUUUCCCCGUCUUUGCUACUGUUCUCGAGGCAAAUAACGUUGUUAAGUCUCACGAUGAACUCGCUGGGUUCAGAUUAACAGAAGAAGAUGAAAAGGCGAUCCGAACACUUGCACGCGACGAAAAUGUCGUAAAUAAAAUCAUUGACUCAAUGGCGCCAAGCAUCUAUGGGCACCGCGAUAUCAAAACCGCUGUUGCAUGUUCGCUUUUUGGUGGUGUUGGGAAAGAUGUUCAUGGGAAGCAUACGAUCCGUGGUGAUAUCAAUGUAUUACUGCUUGGAGAUCCGGGUACAGCGAAGUCACAAGUGUUAAAAUAUGUCGAAAAGACGGCGCAUCGUGCUGUAUUUGCUACAGGUCAAGGUGCCAGUGCGGUGGGUUUAACAGCAAGUGUAAGGAAAGAUCCGAUAACUCAAGAAUGGACGCUUGAGGGAGGAGCGUUAGUGUUGGCCGAUAAAGGAACUUGCCUGAUCGAUGAGUUUGAUAAGAUGAAUGAUAAAGACAGAACAUCGAUUCACGAAGCAAUGGAACAACAAUCCAUUUCAAUUUCCAAGGCUGGUAUUGUGACUACUCUUCAAGCUCGCUGCGCGAUCAUUGCAGCUGCCAAUCCCAUUGGUGGUCGUUACAAUUCCACUAUUCCAUUCGCCCAAAAUGUCGAGCUUACAGAACCCAUUCUCUCACGUUUUGACGUACUCUGCGUCGUCCGUGACACCGUUGAUCCUGAAAUUGAUGAACGUCUUGCUACAUUCGUCGUGGCCUCCCACGGUCGAUCUCAUCCCGUCGGUAACUCUGGCGGUGGGGACCAGCCAACAGGCUCAAACAAUGGCAACUCAUCCGGACUCAUCUCCCCUAUACCCCAAGAACUCCUCAGGAAGUACAUCAUGUACGCACGCGAGCAUUGUCGUCCGCAGCUCCAUCAAAUGGACCAAGAUAAAGUAGCACGUCUCUUUGUCGAGAUGCGCAGAGAGUCACUUGCAACUGGAAGUUUCCCGAUCACAGUCCGUCAUUUGGAAAGCAUAAUACGUUUAUCAGAGUCUUUCGCCAAGAUGAGAUUGAGUGAGUAUGUCUCCAUGAAAGAUAUCGACCUUGCUAUCGCGGUCACGGUGGAUAGUUUUAUUGGUGCACAGAAACCACAGUUCAGGGCCCAACCCUACUUCCCACAGUCACCCAGCACCACACAACCUAACAAUCGAUUUCGGCUCGCUCCCCGCCAAACGUCAACCCUAUCGGAUACACCAAGUUUUUUCCACCCCAACGAACGACGACAACAACCAACCGACAACGGUCCAUCAACUUCCGGAAAAUCAGUCAAGAUGGUCAACCUACGUACCCAGAAGCGUCUCGCAGCAUCCGUCAUGGACUGCGGUGAGCGAAAAGUCUGGCUCGACCCUAGCGAGGUCAGCGAGAUCAGCAACGCCAACUCUCGCCAGACUAUCCGUAAGCUCGUCCGUGACGGUCUUAUCAUCAAGAAGCCCGCCACCAUGCACUCCCGCUCCCGCACCAGGAUCCUCGCGGAUGCCAAGCGUGCUGGUCGCCACACUGGUUUCGGUAAGAGGAAGGGUACCAAGGAUGCCCGUAUGCCAUCCCAGGUCCUCUGGAUGCGCCGUCUCCGUGUCCUCCGCCGUCUCCUCGUCAAGUACCGUGCCCAGGGAAAGAUCGACAAGCACCUCUACCACGAGCUCUACCACCUCUCCAAGGGUAACACCUUCAAGCACAGACGUGCUUUGAUUGAGCACAUUCACAAGGCUAAGGCCGAGAAGGCCCGUGAGCGUAUCCUCAAGGAGGAGAUGGAUGCUAAGCGUGCGAAGACCAAGGCCGCCAGGGAGAGGAGGCAGCAGAGAAUCCAGGAGAAGAGGAAUGCCCUCGUUGGCGAAGAGACUGCCGCAGAGGAGAAAUAA